CACACUGGUUAUGUUAGCUCAAUCUCGUUCUCGCCGGAUGGCACUCACAUCGUGAGUGGUUCUUGGGAUCACACCAUCCGACUGUGGGAUGUAGGAAUAGGGCAGCCCGUGCAACAGUACACCGACUCAGAGUCAGAUCAUUCAGUAUCCUCAGAUGAACAUUGCACCAUGCAUCCCAUCGAGACCACCACUGCCAAGACACGCAACAAUCGCCUCAUUCGCUUCUCGUCUAAUUCUGCCCAUGCGUUGUGCAACCCUACUGAGUUAAUGGUGGGAGCCUUCCGUGAUGGCCAACAGUCGACCUUCUUUCUCCUGGAUCGUGACAGUGGGUGGGUAGUAGGACCCAAACAACAGCUCUUACUCUGGGUGCCACCCGCUUCUCGAGCCCGAUUUUAUUGUCCUCGGACUGCAUUGGUGAUACCUAGAGGAAGUCCUGAGCUUGAUUUGAGCCGCAUGUCGCAUGGACGACAUUGGCAUCAGUGC